CUUUCCAAAACGGCGCGAUCCCCUAAUAAACGGGACGGCUGGCUCCUCUACCCCCGGUUGUCUGCCGCCCGGUGCAAUACUCCGCGCGGACGGUACCGGAACACCGACCGGAAGUUGGGACCCCCUACUGUACAGGGUGGUAGAGAGCGAAUUGAGAGAGCUGAUCGAUGGACCAACACCCAACACUGGGAAGCCUGGAACCUGUGGGAUGAAGUGAUCAACUGGGGAGAAGGUGUGGAGGAGUUCUCACCAGUGACACUCCCCACUGUCCAGGCUGGGGGGGUUAAGGGGGGAUUUGGGGGGUCUACUGAUUUGGGUAAGGGAGGGGAGAGUGUGGGAAAGGAUGGACUGCUAGCCAGCACUAGUAUUUCAUCUCAAAGUCUUCAGAGUAAUUACGGCCUUUCAUCUGAAGACUGGGAAAUUUAUAAAACUUGCUACCUUAACAAAAAAAAGAAAGUCAGGAAGGACCGGACAAGCCGGGGGGAGGGUGAGGUAAGGGGGCAGAGUAGUGAGGAAUAUGUGGAGGUACCAGAGUGGGGAACAUUUGAGGGGAAGGCCUCCAGGGUUGUGAUGGAGGGGACAGAGGCUGGUAUUAGUAUGAUGGAUAUGCUAAAUGGAGGUGAGGAGAAUGUAUGUGAGGUGGGAGUGAAUGUGGAGGAGGUUAAGGGAGGAGAAGGGAAAAGUACAGGGAAUGCUGUGGAAUAUGUGGUGUCACAAGUAGGCAGAACUUGGCUAGAACCCAUCCAGGAGGAAGACCUUGAGGAAGAUGAAGAAACAGAUGAGGAGCUUCAGGAAGCAGAAGACACUGAUGCUGCCACAGUGGACAGUUGGCAGUGCAUGGCGGCAUAUGUAGCCAGAAUAUGGCUGCAGACUUUACAGGAAGAUGGACCUGAGGAAAAUGAAGAAGCUGAUGUGGUAUUCCAGCAGGCAGAAGAUGCUGAUGCUACCACACUGGUCAGGUUUCAGUGUAUGGUGGCAUCUGAAGACAGAUCACAGCUACUGACUAUACCAGAAGAAGGACCUGAGGAAGAGGACGAGACUGAAGUGAUGAAGACAGAUAAAACAAAAGAAGAUGCUGAUGCUGCCGAGAAGAUCUACAGUGAAGAAGUAUCAUUCCAUGUGAAUGCCGAAGAUCUUCCUGAAGAUGAUACUGAGAAGAGCCACAAGAAGAAGAAGAAGAAGAUGAAGUGGUGCUUCUUCUGCUGUCCCCUGCCCUUCAGAAGAAGUAGCAAGAGACAGUAAUUAUAAGGC